AUGGGUUCAGGAACAGCCGACUCCGUAAAAAAGGACCACGAACAUGACGAGGAGGAUGUCGCUAUCUCGCCCGGUCGAGAUCGCGGGGAAGAAGUUGAUCGCUUCACCCAGCUCACCCCCGAAGAACUGGUGCUGGAGAAGAAGCUGCGACGCAAGAUUGAUACGCUGAUUAUGCCCAUUGUCAUCAUCGUGUAUCUGAUGAACUAUAUCGAUCGCAACAACUAUGCGGCAGCCCGUCUCCAAGGCCUGGAAGCCGAUCUCAAACUCACCCCAUCCCAGUACCAGACUGGUCUCUCCAUUCUUUUUGUGGCAUAUAUCCUCAUGCAGGUUCCCUCCAACUUGCUGCUAAACUAUGUUGGCCGCCCAUCGCUGUACCUGGGUUUCUUCACCACCACAUGGGGCCUUGUCUCGGCCCUGACUGCUCUGGUCACGAACUACGGCCAGAUUGUCGCUUGCCGGUUUCUUCUUGGUUUAGUUGAAGCCCCCUUCUUCGCCGGCGUCCUCUUCUACCUCUCAAAAUGGUACACAAGAAAAGAACUCGCCCUGCGCAUGUCCAUCUUCUACUCCGGCUCCCUCAUCUCCGGCGCUUUCGGCAACCUCAUCGCCGCAGGUAUCCUCAAGGGACUGAACGGUGCCCGCGGCCUCGCCCCCUGGAAAUGGCUCUACAUUAUCGAGGGAGCCAUAACCUGCUUCAUCGGUAUUAUCAUCUGCUUCAUCCUCCCAGACUUCCCAGAUACCUGGAAAAUCCUCGCGCCGGAACUCAAACACGUCGCCAACCGCCGCCUCGCCAUCGAAGCCUCAGAGGCCGACGUCGACAUCGGCGGGCGCGGCAUGAGCCAGCUCACCGGGCUAAAACUCGCCUUCGCAGACCCCAAAACAUACAUGCUCGCCAUAGCCUACAUGUCCAUCACCGGCGCCUCGGGCUUCCAAAACUACUUCCCCACCCUGACCCGAACGCUAGGCUACGACGACACCAUCUCCCUCCUCCUCGUCGCACCCCCCUACAUCUUCAUUGUCGCCUACAGCCUCGCCCACUCGCACCUCUCCGACCGCCUCGGCAACCGCUUCUGGUUCUUCACCUACCCGAUCCCCAUCACCAUCAUCGGCUUCAUAAUCUUCAUGACAACCGACAACGCCGCCUUCGGCCCGCGCUACCUCUCCUUCUUCCUGAUGAUGUUCGUCUUCGCUAUGAACGGCACCUGCUACUCGUGGAUCGCAUCCGCCAUCCCACGCCCGCCCGCCAAGCGCGCCGCCGCCUACGCCUUCAUCAACUCCGUCGGCAACUCGGCUAGCAUAUGGACGCCGUACACGUACCGCGAUCAGGACGAGCCGUACUUCCGCCUCGCGCUGGGCGUGUGCAUUGCGCUGCAGGUGCUGGCGGCGGCGAUGGCGCUGCUGCUGCGCUGGUAUUUGACCAGGCAGAAUCGGCAGCUGGAGAGGCUGGAGGCGGUGGAUGUGCCGCUUGGGGAGAGGGAGAUUGCUCAGUUGAGGCGGACGGCGGAGGCGGAGGGGGUGGGGCUUGAGGAGGCGAGGGUUUUGCAGAAGGGAUUUAGGUAUAUGAUUUGA